CGCCAUUCAACAACAAACGAAACGUCAGAAUAUCCACGAAUUUUGUUGCACGUUUUGUGGUGCGUCGCGUGUUUUCGGAACUAUUUUGUGAAUUAAAGUGAUAAAAACUAUGAGCGAUUCCGAAUCCGAUGGCGGUGAGGUUGAAAAAAGCAUUGAGCAUUUCAACGGACCAAUUGAAAAUGCGUGGAAGUUGAAAAUUCCCGAUUUCAAACCCGAAGACAAUCCCAAUGGUCUAUCGGAGGAGAGUUCAUUUUCAUGUCUGUUUCCAAAGUAUCGCGAAAAGUACAUUAAGGAAUGUUGGCCCCUGGUCGUUAAGGCUCUCGCGACACACCACAUCAAGGCUGAACUGGAUCUAAUCGUUGGUAACAUGACCGUUCGGACAACGCGCAAAACGUGGGACCCAUUCAUCAUCAUCAAAUCGCGCGAUCUCGUUAAACUGCUGUCCCGAUCCGUACCAUUCGAACAGGCGGUAAAAGUGCUAGAAGAUGAGAUUAGCUGCGAUAUCAUUAAAAUCAAAAACCUCGUGCGCAACAAGGAAAAGUUUGUUAAGCGUCGCAGUCGACUCAUCGGACCGAAUGGCUGCACGCUGAAAUCGUUGGAAUUGCUUACCAAUUGUUACGUGCUGGUGCAAGGUGCCACUGUUUCAGCGAUCGGUCCCUACAAGGGCUUGCAGUGCGUCCGGAAGGUGGUGGAAGAAACGAUGAAAAAUAUUCACCCGAUUUACAACAUCAAAGCCCUAAUGAUAAAGCGCGAGCUGAUGAAGGACGAAAAUCUACAGGAGGAAAAUUGGGAACGUUUUCUGCCCCGCUUCCAAGCAAAGAACACUUCCAAACGAAGCAAACCGAAGGUUAUUAAGAAAAAGAAGGAAUUCACACCCUUCCCGCCACCGCUGCAGGAAAGCAAGAUCGACAAACAAUUGGCUUCCGGCGAAUAUUUCCUCACUGACGAGCAGAAACGGUCCAAGAAACGGCAAGAACAAGUGGCCAAGGAGAAACGCAAUGCGGUUGUGCAGAAAGAACGUCGCGAACAGGACUUUGUCGCCCCGGAAGAAACGAGCAAACGAUCGAACGGUGCCAAUGCGCCCGACAAACUCGACGUAAAAUCAUUGAAAAGCAAAAUUGCAAAGGCCAACAAAAGAGCUGGCAAGACAAAAUGAGAGCACGGUUUAGAAAGUAACAAAAAGUGAAUAAACAAGUUUACUGUACAUUCUUCAUGGCUACAAAUAUAUGGUGUUGUCGUUUCGUUUCC